GCCCGGCGGCGGACGAGGAGGAUCCUGCUGCACCCGCGGUCGCGCGUUAGCUCUACCUCCGGUUCGCCCGGGCGGCCCUGGCGGGCGCCGCGGCGUUCCGGAGCAGGGGCGAUGCGGCGCUAUCUUCGCCUCGUGGUGUUGUGUCUCGCCUGCGGCUUCUGCUCGCUCCUCUAUGCCUUCAGCCAACUCGUCGUGUCCCCGGAGGAAGGGGCGGACGGCGGCGGCGGGAAGCCGCAGGCCGCACAAGCUUCCUGGCUCCCGGGCGCCGGACGCGGCGCCGCGAGAGGGGCGGACGCCCUGAGCCCCGCGUCGCCUCCCGGCCUCUCCCACAGGUGUAAAGAUUUCUCUCUGUGUUACUGGAAUUCAUAUUGGAUGCUGCCCUCUGAUGUUUGUGGAAUGAACUGCUUUUGGGAAGCGGCUUUUAGGUAUAGUGUGAAAAUGCAGCCUGUUGAGAGAAUGCACCUAGCUGUGGUUGCCUGUGGUGAAAGAGUGGAAGAAACUCUAACCAUGUUGAAGUCAGCUAUCAUAUUCAGCCUCAGACCUCUACAAUUCCAUAUUUUUGCUGAGGAUCAGCUGCAUGAUAGUUUUAAAGGCACUCUUGACAGCUGGUCAUUUCUACAAGCGUUUAAUUAUUCAUUAUACCCAAUAACUUUUCCAAGUGAGAAUGCAGCAGAAUGGAAAAAGCUCUUUAAGCCAUGUGCUUCCCAGAGAUUGUUUUUGCCGUUAAUCCUGAAGGAAGUUGACUCGCUAUUGUAUGUCGACACUGACAUCCUUUUUUUACGGCCUGUUGAUGAUAUUUGGUCCUUCUUGAAGAAGUUUAAUUCCACACAAAUUGCUGCAAUGGCACCAGAGCAUGAAGAACCUCGAAUUGGAUGGUAUAAUCGCUUUGCCAGACAUCCGUACUAUGGGAAAACUGGAGUGAACUCUGGAGUUAUGUUGAUGAAUAUGACUCGAAUGAGAAGAAAGUAUUUCAAGAAUGAUAUGACAACUGUACGACUACGAUGGGGAGAUAUACUUAUGCCCUUGCUUAAAAAAUACAAACUAAACAUCACUUGGGGUGAUCAAGAUCUCUUGAAUAUCAUAUUUUUUCAUAAUCCAGAGAGCCUUUUUGUUUUUCCCUGUCAGUGGAAUUACCGACCAGAUCAUUGCAUAUAUGGAAGCAAUUGCCUAGAAGCAGAAAAAGAAGGAAUCUUUAUUCUUCAUGGAAACAGGGGUGUUUACCAUGAUGAUAAACAACCAGCGUUUAGAGCUAUUUAUGAGGCACUGAGAAAUUGUUCUUUUGAAGAUGACAACAUCAAUUCCUUAUUAAAGCCUUUAGAAUUGGAACUACAAAAGACAGUACAUACAUACUGUGGGAAAAUUUACAAAAUAUUCCUCAAGCAGCUUACAAAAAGUGUAAAAGAACAUUACAGACCACCAAAGGGAAGGUGAUUCAUGGUGACCAGUAAUCAAGUGAAUUAAAACAACAAAGUAUCAGAAUUUGUUUGAAUCAACAGUCUUUGAUGAAGUGUUUAGGAAGAAAAUUUUCACCUUCAGAAUAUUUUUUUCCCUAAACUUUAAAUGAGUAAUGUUCAUAUAAUGAGGAUUGUUUGCUUUUAACUCCCAACAAAGACAUUUUUACUCCUGAUAUUUUUUGUUACUUGCUACCUUUCCAUCAUUGAAAAUGUUACCAAAUGGUUGUAGCUUACAGACUUUGGUUGAUGCUCAGUCUCAAACGUGUAAGCACAGUGGGGGUAUACAGAUGGCAAAGAUGUACCUCAUAUACAAUGAAAACACUCAAGCUGUGAGUCUAGCAAUAAUUUUAUGUCAGCACUAAUCUCACUUUAAAUAUGUGAGAAAAAGUUGUUUACAGGAGCAGAAAAGGUUCUGUUUCUAAACAAAAUGUGAUGUAACUGUUAUACAUUGACAAUCUGUAUGUGCCUAUAUACAUUUCAUCUCUGUUAUAAAUUUUUUGGUGACAAUCAUGUUUAAGAUUAUUUUUAGGUAAUAAAUAAGCUGCAUGUUUGAAGUUGAACUAUAAGAGAAAGGGAAAACUAAAAAUUUUGGAGUAAAUUUUUUAGGUCAUUUAAAAAAUGGAGUAGCUAUUUUGGGAUUUUUUAAAUUUAAAUGAAAAACUUUAGCUUUACUGGGCAUUCUGGAAGCAAAAAAAUAGUGCUGAUCACAAAGUUAAAACCUAACCUACAUAAAGUCAUAGUAUCCGUGAUAGCCAAAAUUUUGAUGGGACAAAAAUGCAUAAGCUCUAUACUUCUAUAAACACUUACUUUGGUUACAGGGGAGCAGGAAAACAAUCCAUUUAAGUCCUUAUUCUUCUACCUCAAAAUGGCUUUGCAACAUAUUUUUGAAGAAGUAAAUACUUCCUAAGGAGCCUUGCCUUACUAUGUGAAAGUUGGACAGUGUUCAUGAAUGAUUUAGAUGAAGAAGAUUGUUACAUCUGAUUGUAGACAGUUAAUUAUUAAGAUGUAUCAAUUUAGCAUCACUUUAUACAUGUAAAAAAAGUUGAUGAUAAGAAAAAUAUGCUUUUAGUAUCCUGAUCACUAAUAGACUAGUAUUUUGAGCGUGUGACACAGAACAUUUAAUCAUACUUUUUGUUCUCAAAAAUGUUUUUUCUAUUUUUGAUAAUUUAAUACCAAAUUUUGAUAUUUUGAUAUUUAAUUUUAAUAGUUUAAUACUAGAUGGAAAAGAUAUAGCCAUGAAGAAAAAUAUUUCACAUGAAAAUUGACUUUAAAAACAUGCAAUGUCCUCUAGAGAAUAGGUAGAAAGAGAUGAUAUUAUAGAUGUAUCUUUUGCAGUUCAAUCAAGACACAUAGAAAGUCACAUUACAAAUUGCUCUCCAGAACCCAGCACCCUUAGAUGACCUUAAAGACCAUUCUGUACUUCCUUGACAAAAUACCCUGGCAAUUUUGUGAAAUUUUGCCCUGGAAAAUUUGUGUUCCCUGGAAAAUUUAUGUUGGAAUUAAGUUUGCUCAGUGGAAACUGAGAAGCCUCGAAAUUUGUAGUUUGGAGGGUUUAUCUUAGAGAUAAUUCCUAAUGUUUCUUUAAAUGAGACCAUUGCUUGCCAAUAAUAAGGGAAUUAUUGUACUCCCUUACAAUAAUAAGACCUAUUAUUGUAAGGGAACUUCGUGAGAAUAGAUUGAAUCCAUCGGAGACUCAAAACAUACUGUUUCUAGCAAAAUUGGUGAAAAGAUCUAGAAAUUACACAAAAAUUGAUGAAAUCGUACAAUGGUGUUUGUAGUCUAGAUUAUUUGUUAACAUUGUAUCUUAUUCAAUCAUUUUUCCCUUUUCUACCUGGAUUAUCUUAAAGUCAUUCAGACAUUAUAUAAUUUCAUUGCUAUGAACAUUUUUAUCACGAUAAUUACUUAACUUAAUAUCCAGACCUUAAGCAAAUUAUCCUGAUAUCUUCACUGUCAGAAUCAGGGUACAAAAUAAAUCAUCUGAAUUUCUAAAAGUAUUCAGUGAUUUUGAUGUCCUCUAGUUUGGAAACUACUGGAAAUUAUUUUGCCAACGAAGCUUGAAUUAGGAUAUCGCGAUCUUUGGGAAAGUUGUUAAAAUAGUUUUUUAACUGCUUCAAUAAUGGAGUUGUUAACAAGCUGUGAAAUUUAUAUUAUUAUAAAUUCUCUAGAUUUAAUCUCCUUACAAAGAAUAUAAACUUUAUGUGUUCUAAAAUAAUUUGUAUUGGGGCUAGAGCGAUAGUACAGCAGGUGGGGCGUUUGCCUUGCACAUGGCCGACCCAGGUUCCAUCCCCGGCAUCUCAUACGGUCUCCCAGCACCACCAGGAGUAGUUCCUGAGUGCAGAGCCAGGAGUAAUCCUUGAGUAUGGCUGGGUGUGACCCAAAAAGCAAAAUUCUAAAAAAAUAAUAAAGUAAUUAGUACUGUGAAGUCAUGUUUAAUCUAAAAAAUGUAUAUUGUGAUUAGAUCUUGAGUAAAUGCAUAGCUGUUAUUCCCUAUGAAGAGUAGUUCCUGAUGUAUAAGAUAACCAAGUUAUCUAAAUACUUUAGAGCUCUCUCAAUCUUGCUUCCAAUCAGGUAUAACACGUUAUUAUUGUUUUUGUGAAUAAAAGAAUCAGGUUAAACUAGAUCAGCAUUCUUCAAACGCUGGGCCAUAGGUGAAAAUGGCCAAAAACCACUGGUCUGCUCUCUAGGUUGCAACCGCCAGUUCGUGGACAGGUAAGCAAGCAGGUGCAGGUUUGCAGGCUUAAGAGGAUUGAAGAAGGCUGAGCUAGAUAAUUUUCUUAUUUAGAGACAGACGAUAUCAUUUAGUCUUCUCUUGUGCCUUAGAUUUAUAAAAAUCAGCAGGCUUUUCCGACCUCACAAGAAGAUGAGACUCAGAGGAGAGUCAUGAGUUUGAAAGCACUGUAUGCAGCUUAUGCCAUGGUUAUGCCAUACCAACGUUAGUGUUGAAGUUCUGUUUUGCCUUUUUCUUGUACAUUCAGUUCCCUUCAGCCGAAUGUUUUCUCACAUGUUUUAGUACCUCCAAUAUGAAGGAAGAGGUGCUUUUUUUUCUUGAAUGGAGUGGUACCCUAGAAAUUGAACCUAGGGCAUCUUUCUUGUAAAGUAUAUACUUUGCCUCUGAGUUACACAUCUCUGGCCAGUAGGAAAGAGUUUUUAUGGAAGUAAAAGCAGAGAAGAAGGAUAUGAAUGAAUGAUAUAAAGGGAAGGAAAAGAGAGGAAGUGAGAAAAGUGAAGGGUGAGAAAGGAAAGAGUGAGAAUGGUAAAAGAUAGGAAAAGAAAAGAUGGAAUGAGUGAAAAAAUCAAGAAGUGCAGAUGAAAAGAAAUGGUGUGGAAAUAGUCAUUUUUGGAUUGUCGCCCUCCCCUCUGUGCCUGUGUGUGCUGACCUUUCUCUCAGGUGAGUCUGUGAGGGUCUUCAGAUAUAAGGAAAGGUUUUUGCUUUCAUGGAAAGGAGAACAAUUUUUAUUUGUUGAUACUAGAAUAGUUUCUUAGUCUAGUUACCGAUCAUUUAGUGAAGAUCAUUUAAAAAAACUGGAUCCCAGUUAUAAGCUAAGAACUGAGGAAGUACCAGGACAGGUAUCUUCCAUCUUAACAUUAUCCUUUUAAUUUCUUCAGGUUUUGACUAAGUAAGACUUACCACAUAGGUUCACAGGACAAAUUGUGGAGGGUGGGGUUAUUUUCAUAUUACCUUUAAGGUGACCCUGGGACAUACCACAGUAGGCAAUUUUCCUAGGUGCCUGCUGGGAUACCAGGCUUAGGGACCCUCCACUCCCUUAAAUUGACAGCUUACAAAUGGACUUACCCCCCACUGAUUUCUCAGUAGGCAUACUUUCAGUUGAACUAUUAUGAAUUAUUAUUGUGAAUUGUUAAGAGAACAGAAGACAACAAAAGCAUGUUAAAGGAAAAAUGCUUCAAAGAUUGAAUUUACUGUCUUCUGUUUUCAAAGUUCAUAUUGUAAGAAAUAGCUAUCUUAGGUAGAAAUUGGAACUGUACUGAGGUGUUUUUCGAGACUACUAACCACUUUUUAAAAUACCUUUUUUUAAUUCCUUAGAGAAGAGAUAUAGGAAGGAAGUAUACCAAAUAUAGGGCCAUAUUAAUCCAUUUCUUAAAUGUAGUUUGGUAUCUUAAAUAACUUCCUUAUGUUUUAAUAUUUAAUACAGCUAGAUAGAAUAAUGAUUAGUACUAAACAGGCAUCCAUUUAUACAUUGCCAAAACAGCCAUGCUUUUCCUUUUGCCUAUGACAUCUGGCAAAACUGAGUUCUGAUGUUUCAUUUCCCACCCCCCAUGCCCCAUGUCAUUGAGAAUCAAACCCAGUACCUUAAAGUGUAUGUCUGCUACACUGAACUGUGUUUGGUUCCUUAAUAGCUGUUGUGUCUCGUAUAAACUUAAGUCUAAGUGAUUGCAUAAGACAUAUUGAGAAGAACAUGUAUAACAUAUUGGACUUGGAAAUUCAAAAGUAUUGUAAAAUUAGACAUAUUUAAAUGAAAUAGAUUUUUUACUUCAGCUCUACAAAUAUUCAAUUGGAUUCCUUAUAGUUUUCUAGAAAUUAUCAAGCAAAAGUGAACCACUUACAGAUUUUAAAAAUCAGGUCUAAUGCUGUAAAUACUAAUAGGAUCCGUGGCCAGACAAUUUAAUAAUCGUAUUUACAAACUAAAUAUAUAAGCUAAUCUAUUUACAUAUUGAUUAGUUUAUAUAUGUAGUCUGAAUUUAUGAACAUAUAUACACUUAAUAACAUAAUCAAGUUUUGCAAAAUUUGUAGUGAAUGCAGCAAUGUAUAUUUUAUUUUAGAAGUAUGGGGGACAGAGAGAGCACAGCAGGGAGGAAGUUUGCUUUGUACACAGCAGAUCAUUGGCACUCAGUAUUGUCCCCCAAGCACUGACAGGAGUGAUCCCUGAGCACCACCAGGUGAGGCCCUAAAAAAACCCUAAAAAGUAGACUUUUGCUAUAAUAGGAAAUAGCUAUUUUUAACUUUUGCAUAAAAUCAAAUGGGCCUAUUGCUUCUGAUGUCUGGUGUCAUAGAUCUUUGAAGGAAAUGAUGGUUUUUCUGUUACUGAAGUCAGAAGCUGGAAAAACUUGGAGUAACUUUAGUUUUUCAAAUGGAUUUUGCAUAGAAAUGGUUUAGAAGUUGUAGAAAGAAAGUACCUUGGUUUACUUUAAUAUGUAGAAAUUACUGCCCUUAGAUUGACUUUUUAACCUUGAAAUAUGAGUUUUAGGGUAAUUUGGGUAUCUGAGUAUUUUUUCUAUUUUGAAUUUAUUAUUUUUUACAUUUACUAAAGUGGAUAUAUGAUUAUAGACUCCGAUGUUAACAGAAUAAUAUGAAAACUUGUUUGAUUCUGUUUUGAGAAGUUAAACUUUUUCUCUAGAAAAUGUUAUGUUGCUAAAUAAAUACCUGCCCAAUAAAUGUUUAUUUC